CAUGGCUUCUCCGUCACAGUCGACCUGCGGGCUAUCUGAAGAGAAGAACCUGGUUGCCGACAGAGCAAGUGUGGCGCCGCCUGCCCCCGUUGUAAAACAGAAUUUCGGAAGCCUGGUCGACUCUCUAGCUUCCCUUCGCGCUGUACCUGCCGGAGCCCUCUUCCAGGCGGCUCUCAUGGGGCGAAACUGGGUGCUUGCCCAUCUUUUCGCCCUCCUUCUGCCUGAACUCUCUUCCCUCGCCGCCGACUCGCCCACUUCCACACGAUCCGACGCCACAGACGGGGACGACUCCUCGGUUGCGUCAGGAGGCUCACACCGUAGCGGCGAGGGAAGUAGACUCGACUCAAGCAGCUUGCUUCGGAAGCACAACUACCUCCUCUUGCUUGUACUAUACAUGGCGUUCACAUGUGCAAAUGACUUGGAUCUCGGCAGUUUUCUCUGGGACCACAUCUCUACUAUUGCCACAUUUACUGAGCGGGAACCUGCCUAUGACUGGAUGCUCACAUGGAUCUACUCGCAUAAAGACUGGGCCGCAGUGAAAAUCAGGAGCAUGGGUAUCAGCACCUCGGUCGGCGGAAACGCCAAUCCUUCGUACUAUGGCGAGGUCUCCGCUCUAACGUCUGAAGUUUCCCAGAGGAUAUAUACACUGCCGACAGCGAAUAAGACCUACUGCCUGAAGACAGACAAUGGCAAGCGCCUGCAUGUGACAAGGAGGGAGAAAGAGGCGAGCCUCUUCACUCGCAACUCCGCCGACCUAUUCGACCUAAUCCAGAAGGCUCGCACAAGAUAUGUGGCAUCGCAGAAGAACACGGUCAAUGUUUACUAUCCGGACAGCAAGCGGCCCCUCUCUUCUGUUAUUCUGGAGGAUGAGGCCAAGGAGAAGAUCUUGACCGACGUAAAAAGGUUUUUGGCUUCCCGCCAGUGGUACAAUGACCGCGGAAUACCAUACAGGCGAGGAUAUCUCUUCGUACGCUCUUCAUUUAUCCACGAUAUCGUACUCCUCAUUGACCAAUUUGAACACCGUUUGGCGACACCAGCAUGCCUCGCAGGCGCACUCGAGUUGCACGUGUACAACUUGCCACUGUCGCGGGAGGGAAUGGACGACGGCGUCCUCAUUGAACUCGUUAACGCUGUACCAGACAGGUCAAUUCUGUUGUUGGAGGACAUUGAUGCAGCCUUUAGGCCGAGGGAUGGACCGAAGCGAGACGCUUCGUCUUCGCUAGCUUCGAGUGAAAGCAAACAAGGCGGGAUCACGCUGAGUGGCCUCCUGAACGUCCUUGACGGCAUUAGCGCAACCGAAGGACGUCUGCUGUUCACGACGACUAACCACUUCGGAGCCAUCGACCCGGCUCUGAAACGUCGAGGACGCAUUGACGUCGUCGUGGAGUUCCCGCUUGCCAGUGCUACGCAGGCCAGGGAAAUAUUCCGUGUGUUUUAUCGGCCCCUGCGUAGUAGAACUGACGCGGCAGCUGGCGCGUUCAAGGCGGUCGAAGGGACAGAGUCGGACACGACGGUCGACGCUGGGGUAGGGAUUGACGUCGUGCGUUUCUCCAGUGAAGUAUCUCCUACCAGAGACAUGCCUGUGAAACCCCAUACUCCUCCCGCAUCUCAAAUCGGUGGCCAAGCGGAGCAGACCGAGAUGAAUGACGACGAGUUCGCUGCACUUGUCGAUGUCUUUGCGCUGGACUUCCCGGAAUAUACCCUUGCACCGGCUGACAUCCAGGGAUACCUCCUGGAGCACAAAGACCAUCCGAGGGAGGCCGCUGAAGGCUUCAAAGAGUGGAUUCAUGAGGAACUCCAGCGGAAGAGGCUUGAUGCCUCGAGCGCAGACGCGAAGGGGAGUGGUGGAAGCGGAUUGAAUUCUUCUGGCGAUGUUUGCAAAGACGUCCCGGAAAAGAGUGGCGAUCCAGGUGAUAAAGUGCAUUGCUG